UUGUAGACUACGGGUUUGUUCAACGUAUUCCACAAUUAAAACAAGAUCAAAACAUAACCAUCUGUUUAGACAUUGUAGAAUCUCAAAUCAGACAAUUUAAUCAACAUAGAUUCCCACACUUAUUCCUCUUUUCCUCCAUGCAGCCUCAAAGGAAAAUAGAAGCAGAUGAAGAGAUCUUAUUUUAUUGUAGCACUCAAGAGAACUGGAAAGGUGUGAUUGGUUUAGAGAUCCACGCCCAGAUCAACUGUAAAAGUAAAUUGUUUUCAGCCUCCUCCACUACUUUUGGGGCGCCCACAAACUCGCAGGUCUCCAUAUUUGAUGCAGCACUGCCAGGGACACUACCAGUUCUGAAUGGUGAAUGUGUAAGAGCAGGGGUCAAAACUGCCAUUGCCUUAAGAAGCAAAAUAAACAGAGUAUCAAAAUUUGACAGGAAGCAUUACUUUUAUGCAGAUCUUCCUCAAGGCUACCAAAUAACUCAGCAGAGACAACCCUUGGCUGUUGGAGGGGAGGUGGAGUAUAUUUUGAUUGACGAGAAGAACAGGUAUGUCCUGAAGACUGCCCGAGUCACGCAGUUACAACUAGAGCAGGACAGUGGACAGAGCCUACACGAUGAGGUGGGCAGACAAAGCCUGAUUGACCUCAACAGAGCAGGAAUUGGAUUGAUGGAGAUCGUGACAGAGCCCGAUUUUGAGAACGGAAUCGAUUGUAGUUCUUUUGUACGAGAGGUUCAACUGAUGAUGAGACAAAUGAAUGUUUGUCUUGGUAGUUUCAGAGAGGGAGCGUUACGUGUUGAUGCUAACAUAUCAGUUCACCGUCCAGGGGAACCAUUAGGAAUCCGAUCGGAAGUGAAGAAUCUCGGCAGUCUCAAGGCUCUUAAAACUGCAGUGGAUUAUGAAGUGAUGAGGCAAAUAGAUUUGAUUAAAAGUGGCGGAAUGGUUGUGAAUGAAACUCGGACAUUUGAUGCAGAGUGUGGGAGAACAAUUCCCAUGCGAGACAAGGAGCGAUUACAGGAUUACCGAUUUAUGCCCGAGCCAAACUUACCUCCCCUUUAUUUAUAUGACAGCGAAUCAGCACAACAUCCCACACAGACAAAUACAACAAACAUUGACGAAGAGAUUCGGAAAAUGCCUCCACUACCGAGGGACAUCAGAACAAAAUUACUGAACGAUUUCAAUAUUUCACUGAGGAAUGUUUAUGUUCUAGUGAAUGAAGAUAAAGGUGUAGAUUUUUUCAAUGAAGUUGUGAGCCAUUCAAAAAGUCCACCAAAGAUCAUUGCAAAAUUCAUUGUCAACGAUUUACUGGGAGUGUACAAGCAAUACAAUACAAAGAUAAGAAAAAGUCCAAUUUCCCCUGCCGUAGUAGCUGAAAUCAUUGAUCUUAAAGAGAGUGGAUACACGACAGCACCGCACUGCUUCGAGCUGGUGAAGUUGUAUCUUGAAAAGUCCUCAUUCGACAGUCCAAAAACUGUUGUGGAUAACAAUGGCUGGCAGCAGAUUGUAGACGUGGAAACUCUGAGACCCGUGUGUGAAAAGGUUAUCACAGAUAAUUCAAGUCUGGUGAAAAAGUACUGUAAAGGAAAACAAGAGAAAUCUGUGAACUCUUUGAUUCUUCGAGCAAUGGAUGCUACACAAAAGAAAGGAAACCGUGCAGUGAUAAAAAGUUUACUCGUAGAACUUCUGGAGGAAAUCAAAUUAAAAAAGUGAAUGAAAAAACACAAAA